AUGUCCGAUAUCUUUGCAGACUUACUGAAGAAUGAGAAAGGGUCUAGUAAACCAGAGAAUUCAAUGUCUCUCAAUGAGAGACUCAAUGCAUCUAGAUCUUCUACUCCACAAAACCAAAAUGGCCUGGAUCUUGAUUUCCUGGACAGCUAUAUGAAUGACAGUAAGCAACGACAGGCCACUAAUUCGGGAAGCUGUAACGGAGGAAGUGCUGGAGUGCAGAUGAAGGAAGACAAUGACGAUGACCUGUUUGGGUUGGGAUCAAUGAAACCUUUGGUAUCUCAAUCAAUUCCACAGCAGACUGCACCGACCAGCAAAUCGGUGUGUCCAGAAGUCGACCUUUUCGAGGACUUCUUUGGACAAACUGUCAAAAGUGAUGCGCCAAUGCCGAAGGAGCAAUCAAAAAAAAUGUCUGAUACUCCAAGGGAAACACCACAUGCUUCACCUUCACAACAAUCUUUGAGAGACUCCGCUUUGGCUGAGUUGGUGGAUAUGGGGUUCUCCCUUGAAAGGGCAAAUGCUGCUUUAGAUUCGACCAAUAGUGGUCACGAUUUGGACUCGGCUAUUAACUAUUUGAUGAAUGAAGCAAACAAUAAGAACAGAGCAACUGAUUGGUCCAAUAGCAGGCAGCCAAAUGACGAUAUAGGAGAUAUAGUCAACGAUUUAUCAUCACAGCUCAUGUCUACUGCCUCUUUUCUUUUCAACUCGGGGAAGAAAAAAUUACAGGAAGGCGUAGAGAUGUACAGGAAACAGAAAAUUCAAAGUAAUGGCGGGAAACCGUUAUGGAUGAAAAAUCAAGAGCAAUAUAGAUCGGAUCCAAGGACCGCCACAAUUGGCUUUGAAGAUGGCUUUGAAGAUGACUUUGAUGAUGAGGUUAUUAGAAAAUUAGUGAAUAAACAGAGGGAAGGAGAGCAGAAGUUGAAAAGUCAAAGAGAAACUAACAAAGUAUCUAGGGAAAAUACCUUAGCAGCUUCAUCCUUUACACAAGAUUCUGAUAUUUAUGUCUCGUCUUCACGUCACAGGCGCAAUAAGAUCCCGACAUCUACACAAACAUCAACUUCAACGCCGCCAUUGGAAGUGAAAUCGAAACAGACUGCACCAGUUUCUGAUACGCCAUCAUUGAUAGACACAUCAACUGCGCCGCAAUCGGCGUUUGAAACAUCACCUUUAAAUUCUGCACAGUCGAUGGAGUAUAUGCAUGCUAAAAAGAAAGCAGAGGAAAUGUUCAAAGCAGGAGACUAUACGUCUGCAUUGGAAUAUUAUAAUUCUGGGAGCAAUGUUAUUCCUUUGGAUCAUCCAUACCAAAUAAUCCUGCAUUCAAAUAUCGCUUUAACAUAUUCGAAACUAGGUAAUCCAAAGGAUCAACUGGCAAGUACAGAUAGAGGUCUAGAGCUAAUCAAGAAAUUGACGAAUGGCUCAAGCGUGUCAUCCCUGGCUCAGUUUAACAUUGAAAAUACAAAUUUGAGGAAAUUGUGGAUCAAAUUAAUGGUGAAACGUGCAGAAUCCCUGGAAAAUCUUGAAAAAUGGAGCGAAGCCAAGUUGGUCUAUGAAACAUUAAUAGGUCACGGUGAAGGUUCGAAGCCUGUUAUGGAUGGUAAAAAUAGAUGUAAUAAAGUUUUAAAUCCUGUUAGAUCAAGGCCCAAACCUAUAGUUCCAAAGAGUUCCAAACACACAGCUAAAGACAAUGAGAAACUAAAACGUGUCCAAGACAUGAAUAAACAAAAGGUCCAGGAAGACGAGCAGAAAUUUAAGUUGCAUGAUCAUAUCGAGGAACAGUUGAAUUCUUGGAGAGCGGGUAAUAAGGAUAAUAUUAGAGCUUUGAUUUGUAGCUUGGAUAAAAUCUUAUGGCCGGAACUUAAUUGGAAACCGGUUCAACUGACUGACCUAGUGAUGGAUAAAAAAGUUAAGAUUUUCUACAUGAAAGCAGUUGCAAAAACACAUCCUGAUAAGGUUCCUUCAACUGAAACCAUUGAGCAUAAAAUGAUGGCAAAUGGAGUGUUUAUCACGUUAAAUGAAGCAUGGGAAAUCUUCAAGGCCGAGAAAGGAAUGUAG